CCAUUACAUCCGAAGGUCACAGCAGACGUCCAUGAAUACAGAGCCUAGGACCAGUGGAACAUCCUCCUGCCGGCAUAUCGACAAUGAUACCGGGCCGUUCCUCUGCAAGAUCUGCUCCAAAGCGUUCACAAAACGAACCUCGAGGAAUCGACACGUACUGUACUGUAGGAAGAAGUUGGUGGACAGUCUCCCGGUCUUGAGGAAAUCAUGUGCAGCUUGUCGGAAAGCCAAAGCAAAAUGCGACUCGGAACUCCCAAAUUGUAGUCGAUGCGAUGAUAGGGGGCUUACUUGUGUUUAUGAAUUGACUAGGAAGAGUGCGACCUCAGCCCAGCAACCUGCAUUUGCUCCGCCUGAUGAACCAAGCUCCGAUGGUACAUUGCUUGUUGAUAUCCCGGAACCGGGCAAUCAAAACGAUAUCCCUUGGAAUGCCCAUGCGGACAACGGCAAUGACGCUCAGAUCAGCUUAGAUAUGGAUACUCCUAGUCUUUGGCUUGCUCCUGUGCCCGACCUGACGCCUCAGAAUGACCUCGCUCUCUGGGAACCGGAUGCUGGAUUUGUGGAAGACUUGGAAGUUUCUGACAUGGGUGCUAAUAUUUCGUCCAAUGGCUAUUCAAUCAAUGGAUCCCCGAUCAACUGGUUCAUCUCUAGUCCAACACCAAGCUUAACCCUCGACGCGACAUUCUCAACUCCCGCAGACUGCAUGUUCCAUACCCCCUACCUAGUCCUUCGACCCAUGGACCGUGAUCUAUCCCCCACCUCGCCCAGAAGUCCAUUCAUUCACGCAUAUCUCUCAACGGGCUCACAAAUCGGCCGCACCUUCCUUUUGCAGAACUUCAAAUCGUACGCCACGGCCCUUGCAACGAAGAACCUGCCGCCCUUCAUCCACGGCACGUCGCUUCCACCCCGAGACCCGAGCUCGUGUCAAACUCCGACUUGCGCAACCCCACCUCCCUUACCGACACUAGAGAUUUGCAAAUCGAUCGUCUCACUCUACACCACCAAGACACCUGCAACAAGCUCUUUCGUCUGGCGCACUAUAACCAUGGAAAAGGACCGCUUUAUGAACGAAUACGUGAACGGAGAUGAGUGGACUGUGCUGUCCAUGCUUCAGGCAGUCACGUUGUAUAUCCUCCUCAGGAUCUUUGACGAGGACUCAUUCUCCGCUGAAUUCGACCGCGAGCUCACUAGAGCGAUGACGGAAAUUGCGAUCCACGCUGAACAGUGCAGAUUAGUCUGCAGUGCUGAGAUCGAAGGCCGCCGUCCGGAAUGGAAAGAGUGGGUGUUGGUGGAGUCGAAACGAAGGACCGUGACGGUACUCUUCAUACUGCACCUUCUGUUCGACAUCAAACCUGAAAAACGGGCCAAAUCUAAAGUCGGGCUGUCCGUUCUACCGCUUCCUGCCCACAAACAUCUUUGGGAGGCGGCGACGGAAGGUGAAUGGAUAGAAAAGUAUGACGAGAUGCUGAGGGCAAGAGAUGGGAGGUGUUAUUUGAGGUAUGCGGAUUUAAUGGCGCUUGGGAGGGGACAUGGAGGGGAUAAGAUGAAUGACCUGAAUUCAUGGAUGGUGAGCGUUGAUGCGUUUGGGAUGCUAGUUCUAAUGGCUGCGAAUUCUCUCUAAUUGUCUAUCUUCACUGAGCAUUAUCCCACAUCUCCCUAAACCAAGCCUUAUCCGCUCCUUCCUCCUCCUCCUCCUCGUCCUCCGCUUCCUCACCCCCACCCGCAUUCUUCUUCCUCGCCAUCUUAGCGAGCAACUCGUCAGGCGUGCCAACCUUGACCACCUUCCCCUUAUCCAAGCGAUGAGCUAUCGUCAAGAUAGUGUGCUUAGCGCAUUAACAGCCACAGCUGACAC